AUGGGGGGCGGAUUCCGAGCGGCAGUGGCAGCACCAGCGCUGGCGGGAUGCCCUGGCACCCUGCCCAUGGCACUGACGCCAGGGGGAGGGCACAGGGUUGGGUCCUGCCCCAGUCCGCCCCAGUCCGCCCCAGUCCGUGUUCUCGCAGAGUCGCAGCCGCGUGUCGCCAUGGUGGUCACACUGGGGUACUGGGACAUCCGUGGGCUGGCCCACGCCAUCCGCCUGCUGCUGGAGUACACGGACACGCCCUACCAGGAGCGCCAGUACCGCCCUGGCCCAGCCCCUGACUAUGACCCGAGCGACUGGACCAACGAGAAGGAGAAACUGGGGCUCGACUUCCCCAACCUCCCGUACCUCAUCGACGGCCCCACCAAGCUGACCCAGAGCAACGCCAUCCUGCGCUACAUCGCCCGCAAGCACAACAUGUGCGGCGAGACGGAGGAGGAGAAGCAGCGCGUGGAUCUCCUGGAAAACCAGCUGAUGGAUUUGAGGAUGAGUUUCGCUCGGCUCUGCUACAGCCCCGACUUUGAGAAGCUGAAGCCGGCGUACCUGGAGCAGCUGCCCCAGAAGCUGCAGGAGCUGUCGCGGUUCCUGGGCUCCCGGCCCUGGUUCGCAGGGCAGAAGAUCACCUUCGUGGACUUCCUGGCGUACGACGUGCUGGACCAGCAGCGCAUGUUCGUGCCCGAGUGUCCCGAGCUGAAGGGGAACCUGGCCCGGUUCCUGCAGCGCUUCGAGGCCCUGGACAAGAUCUCUGCCUACAUGAGCUCGGGGCGCUUCAUGAAAACCCCGAUUUUCUGGCGCCUGGCGAAGUGGUGCAACACCAAGGAGUGAGGGGCUGACCCCCCCGCGCCCCCAAAUCCCCCCAGAACUCCCCAAUAAAGCACGGGGGGCUCCCCCUUGUCUGUGC